CGUCUGGGAAAGGCGCGUGGAGGCUUUUGCGCGCGGCAAAGGGAAAGAGCGGGCGAGGGACGCGGGAAUCCGGGAGUGUGGGCCGUAAUUUGAGAGAACUAAAAUCAUGGCUUGGCAUGAAUUCGGUGUGCUGAAUUGGCUUCGAGAGAGUCGGCAGUCCCGAAAAUUAAUCUUGCUGAUUGUCUUUAUUGCUCUGCUCUUGGACAACAUGCUGCUGACUGUAGUUGUGCCAAUAAUACCAAGUUAUUUGUAUAGCCUUAGACACCCCAAAAAUGUAACGGAUGUCCAAACCACUAGACCGGAGACUCCUGUCAACUCGAACAGAUUGCAAAGCAUCUUUUCCUAUUAUGACAAUUCAACUAUAGUUACUGGAAAUAAUUCUGAAAGAACAAGGCCAGAAGAUUAUUAUGCUCAGACAGAGCAAAUGGUGGUCAAUAUGUCUAUGGUAACCCCAUCCUCCUCAGACUGUCCAAAGAAAGACAAAGAGUUGGUGAAUGAAAAUGUAGAAGUUGGUUUGCUUUUUGCUUCCAAAGCAACUGUCCAAUUGCUUACUAACCCUUUUAUAGGACCAAUGACAAACAGAAUUCUUGGUUCACAAGUUGAAUAUCUACAGAACUGCCUCCUCCAAAUGGUUCUACCUGUCUAUUCAGAUCAAAUGGAAGAGAAACGGCGAAAAUACUCAAUCAGCAGUGAUAACUCAGACACCACUGACAGUAAGACUUUUUAUUCAAGCCUUAUAACAAGAUAA